AUUUGAAUUAGAGUCCGCUUGAGUCAUGAAUAAAACAUGUCUGCUCUAAUCUUCGAGCUCAACCCAGACAAAACACUCCAAGUGGGGUGUUGUCUAACUAUAUUCAACUACAUUUCCCAGCUACAAGAGCUUCUAUAUUAUCUAGGUUCCAAGAAUUCUCCCAAAAAAUUCUGCAGAUUAAAACUGCCAAUGUCCGGAGCAGCAGAGCAAUCCUUGUCACCAUGCUACCGUCUGACACCAACGACUGAGGGAGGCCUGGAAUCUAGUACAUCCAUGUCCAUGAAGAUGAUUGAAACUCGCAAAAAUGGACUACAAAAGAUAGUCAGUGGGUUAGAGAGGCGCGUCGUUCCUUUACAACGCCAAAAAGAGGAUUUGCAGUUAGUAUUGAACACAGUUAACAACUGGGUCCAGGUACUAAAUGACACACAACGAUGGAACAGUGGCGUCCCAAUCCUCCGCUCGGCCAAAGAGAACUGCGACGACUUGAUAACACCGUAUCUAAACGAUAGUGACAGCGACUUCAACCAGGCAGUUUUUAGAUUAGGUAGCGCUGAGAUUCCCGGCUUUGCGCAAGCGCAGAAGCUCCUGAAAUCCAUUCGUCACGAGAUAAGAGUGAUUUUCGAGAAAGAAAGUACGUUCAAUGGAAAGUUUGUGGAAGACGUUCGUGUUUUAAUGGGGCAAGUUACAGGCAUCAUUAGUGCUAUUCUAGGCCUCUACUAUCAGACAAACAAUUAAUCAUGACAAAAUAGGAAGACUUUUUACCGCAUAAUUUUCGUUCUCAGCGGAGACCAGAAGGAACGCUGGCUCAUAGGACAAGGAAACCGGAACCGGAAAUAGGAAAGACGGGUUAUUUUAAAAAUUAAAAUUAGAAUAAUUAAAAUGUAAAUUCAAAGAA